AUGGGCAUCAUGACGGGCACACCAUGGGGCUUCAGCCAGAGCUUGGCACACCUUCUGGCCCCACGCUUGGCGCCCUGCUCAGCGCUGCUGCUGGUGGUGCACUUGGCAGCAAUGCUGGAGCAGCUGGAGGGUGAGCUAUGCGCUGCCUGCCCGGCGCUCUGCAUGCGCAGCCUACCCGCCGACUUGGCCUCGGACGAUGGGCCGCAGCGCGUGGUGCACACCUCUUGGGAGCUCCACGGGGACAGGCCGAUGAAACUGCUGCUGCUCGUCAAAAACGCUGGUGAGCGGGCGGUGCCGAGACGGGAUCCUGAGUGCGUGCAGAGUGCAUUCCUCCUCCAGGUUCAGAGGCAGCUGCAGGACCAGCUUGCAGGGUAUUUAUGUUUUUCAAAAUAUAGUCCGGCCCCCCACAAGGUCUUAGGGACAGUGGACCGGCCCCCUGAUGAAAAAGUUUGCUGACCCCUGGUCUGGGGUAUUGUUUACAUACUGACUUGGGUGAAUAGCAUCUCGCAUAGGAGGUCUUCCAAUGCUACCAUGAUUAUCUAUAGGAAAUGAUUUCCUGGACUCAUGUGAGGAAUCCCUGAAAAGCUUCUGAGAAAACCCAGGAUUCCGCAGCACACAGGAUAUUUCUUACCAUUGCCUAAGAGUAUAAUUUGUAACUUGCCAGGUUGGUGGUUCUGCCUCAUGCCAUAUAGAUUGACACACAUCCGUUCCCUUGCUGAGUGGAAACUGAUGUUCUAAUUCUUAACAGCUUCAGGAUGUGAGGUAAAUCAUUGGUGCGCUUCCUCUCUUGUUCAGAGAAUGACUUGGUCAAAUCCUAUAAACCCCCCUGUGAUCCUUGGAUGAAGGGUGGUAUAUAAAUUUUAUAAACAAAAUAAAUAAAUACCUGCAACUCUCUGCCCCAUAGAUGAGGGUGGAAAAUUCAAUUUUGUUUGCAUCUUUAUGAGCAAUGAUCUAAUUCACGUUUUUUUCCCAACCAACAUACAAACCAAAAGGUUUCUGGGUUUUGCGAUGCCAACAACAACAGGUACAAACAUGCCUAUAUUAGGGGAAAUUGUGCAUAAAAAUGCAUAUAUUUGUGAAAAUAGCAUACAGAAAUGCAUCAUAUUAAGGGGAACUGCUUGCCAAAGUGUGUAUAUGAGUCAAGAGUGCAAAGAAAAUCUGUUGAUGAAGAGAAAUUUGCAACAAAGUGCUGAUGAAUUUUCUUGGUUUCCUUAAAAAAAAAUUGCCAGGGAAAUAUGGAGAGCUGAAUUUAAGGCUGAGAGAAACAGAAUCAACCAUCCCUACCCAUGACUUCCUGGUUCCUUUGCCCUUCAUGGUGGAACUUGACAAGCUCCACCCAUGAGUGACAUCAGAUACUAUGGCUCCACCCAUUACAGGUUAACCCAAGUCGCAAAGGGUGUUAGCAUCAAAUGGGGACUUGGAUGACAAUUCACCCUUCGGCUUCAUCUUGAAAGCUGGCCUCCAUCUCUCUCUAUCUGCUGCAUUACGUACCACAGAAAUAUUCCUAUGAGAAGCUUCUCACUAAUCAGGCUGUUAAAUUAAACUGCUCUAAAUUUAUUUUAUGUGAUGCAUAAAGUUCACAGGCAGAGGCACCCAGAGUAGUAUCGCUGACCUUUCCCAGCGAGUCCUGCACCAUCUGAGCUUCUCCUUUCCUACCAAUUGGCUGCGAACCACUCUUUCCUCCGACAGCUAUUCCCUCUCUGCGCUCUCCCAGACCUGAAGGAUUUAUUUUGAUGAGUCCCUCACCCACAUAAUGACUUUAAAAUUCCUGAGGUCCAUACCUUCGAACGUAGCUGGGAAUUCAAGGUAAUGCCAAUUAACAAGGCAGGGCUCAGAAGCACGGAUGGAAUUAGCUGUCCCUUCUCCAUGGAAUACCGUCGUAAGUGGAUGUGAGAUUCUUGACAGCUUCGGAGUUCAACCUCUUAAAUCUUCGCAUUCUGUGCAUACAUGCAAGCUCAAAGCAUCAGGUGACGAAAUUUAUUUGUUGCAUUUUGUAUCCCAUUCUUCUUCCGUGACAGAACUCAAGGUGAUCUGCAACAGGGCCCCCAGGCCCCCCACCAUCCAAGCACUGACCUGUCCCAGAUCUGCAAAACUCCAGCAGUGCUGCCAUUAUCAGGUAAAGGGACCCCUGACCAUUAGGUCCAGUCGCGGACGACUCUGGGAUUGCGGCACUCAUUUCGCUUUAUUGGCCGAGGGAGCCGGCGUACAGCUUCCGGGUCAUGUGGCCAGCAUGACUAAGCCGCUUCUGGCAAACCAGAUCAGCGAACGGAAAUGCCGUUUACCUUCCCGCCAGAGUGGUACCUAUUUAUCUACUUGCACUUUGAUGUGCUUUUGAACUGCUAGGUUGGCAGGAGCAGGGACCGAGCAAUGGGAGCUCACCCCAUCACAGGGAUCCGAACCGCCGACCUUAUGAUUGGCAGCCCUAGGCUUUAUGGUUUAACCCACAGCCCCACCCAUGUCCUGCCAUUAUCAGGUACCUUCAGACAAGUGCUGAAAUCCAUCCUUCCAGUUUCUCAAAAAGUCUUUCCCUUUCUGCAAAAGAGGUGCCCUUUCCUCCAACUCAUUCUCAAGGCACUUGAUAAUUUUGGCUGGUGUAAGCUUGCCUGGUAUAGUGGUACCUUGGUUCUCAAGCUUAAUCCGUUCCGGAAGUCCAUUCCAAAACCAAAGUGUUCCAAAACCAAGGCGUGCUUUCCGAUAGAAAGUAAUGCAAAAUGGAUUAAUCAGUUCAAGAAGGACACUGACAAACUGGAACGUGUCCAGAGGAGGGCAACCAAAAUGGUCAAAGGCCUGGAAACGAUGCCUUAUGAGGAACGGCUAAGGGAGCUGGGCAUGUUUAGCCUGGAGAAGAGGAGGUUAAGGGGUGAUAUGAUAGCCAUGUUCAAAUAUAUAAAAGGAUGUCACAUAGAGGAGGGAGAAAGGUUGUUUUCUGCUGCUCCAGAGAAGCGGACACGGAGCAAUGGAUCCAAACUACAAGAAGGAGACUCCACCACACUCCUGACAGUAAGAGCUGUUCGACAGUGGAAUUUGCUGCCAAGGAGUGUGGUGGAGUCUCCUUCUUUGGAGGUCUUUAAGCAGAGGCUUGACAACCAUAUGUCAGGAGUGCUCUGAUGGUGUUUCCUGCUUGGCAGGGGGUUGGACUCGAUGGCCCUUGUGGUCUCUUCCAACUCUAUGAUUCUAUGAUUCUAUGAUUCUAUGAUUCUAUGGUUCCAGACUUUUAAAAAACAACCCCUAAAACAGCAAUUUAACAUGAAUUUUACUGUCUAAUGAGACCAUUGAUGCAUAAAAUGAAAGCAAUAAAGAAGGUACUGCAGUCACAGAAUAAAUAAAUCAGUAGCUGGACUGGGUUCCACACAAUCACAAAAACAAAACAAAAGAGCCACACACAAAAAAGAGGAAAAAUAAAUAGCAAAAACAGACAGACCUCAGCGUAAUGGAAGUGUGGCACUCAAAUUGAAAGCGUAACACUCAAAACGGAGCACGUUUGGCUUCCAAAAAAAGUUCACGAAUCAGAACACUUACUUCUGGGUUUGCAGUGUUUGGUUUCUAAGUUGUUUGAGUACCAAGGCGUUUGAGAACCAAGGCACCACUGUGUGAAGUUGUGAAGCAGUCAGGGGUUAAGGGGCAUGUGUGCUUUUAUUUCCAUUAACAAUUUCUCCAGAAUUCUGCAGCCUCCCCAGUUGCCCACUCUUCCUGAUCUGGAAAGGUUCAAUGCGAGGAGUUAUUUCAGUGUCAUCCAUUGGGCAUUAGUUGGCCAAGGGAAGUAAUAGUACCGCUCUAUUCAGCCUUGGUCCGGCCCCCACCUGGAGCCUUGUGUCCAGUUCUGGGCACCACAAUUUGAGAAGGAUGUUGCCAAGCUGGAAUGUGUGCAGGGAAGGGUGAGCAAGAUAAUAAAAUCAUUUGGAAAUCAAGCCUUAUGAGGAAUGGUUGGCUAUGUUUAGCCUGGGGGAGAGGAGACAGAGAGGAGAUAUGAGAGCCAUCUUCAAAUAUCUCAAGGUCUGUCACAUGGAGGAUGGAGCGAGUUUGUUUUCUCCUGGACUUGAACCAAUGUCUUCAAGUUACAAGAAAGGAGAUUCUGGCUAAACAUUAAGAAGAACAUUCUGACAGUAAGAGCUGUUCAACAGGGGCAGGACUUUUUUUCAGCCGGAACUCAUCUGAACUCAGUACCAGUACCUCUCAGGUGGGCACCAUUGCCAUUAUAAGAGAACAAGGGAGGCAUUCAUAGUGAGUUCCGGCACCUCUUUUUGUAGAAAAAUAGCACUGGUGAAAAUGCUUACACUGAGGUAAAGAGUGCAUAAAAAUGCUUAUCUUGGGGAAAAUAAUAUACCAAAAGUGCAUUGGAGAAAAUUGCUUUGCGAAAAAUUCAAAUAUUGGGGGAAAUUGCAUACAAUCACGUGUAUAUUAGGAGACAUUCGCUCAUUUUUCAUGAUUUGAUUUUUUAAAAAUGUAAACUGAUGUGUAAAUGUGGAGAACUGAACUUUAGAUUGGGAGGAAAAAAUGAGGAACUGGAAGAAAUAAAAAUUGCCUGAUGCAUGCAUGCCUAGCACCAGAAGCUGUGAAAUCUUCUGAACACCUCAGGUUAAGUACUUAAUUCGUUCCGGAGGUCUGUUCUUAACGUGAAACUGUUCUUAACCUGAAGCACCACUUUAGCUAAUGGGGCCUCCUGCUGCUGCUGUGCUGCUGGAGCACGAUUUCUGUUCUCAUCCUGAAGCAAAGUUCUUAACCUGAAGCACUAUUUCUGGGUUAGUGGAGUGUGUAACCUGAAACAUAUGUAACCCGAGGUACCACUGUAGCUGGAAAAAGAAGGUGGAGUGGGAUGCUUUUGGGGCUUGGAUCCUGCUCACUGGUUUCCCCCAGGCAUCUGUUAGGCCACUGUGAGACAAGAUGCUGGACUAGGUGGGUCACUGGGAGGCUCUUCUUACGCAAUGAAAAACCCACUGCCAAGGGGUUCUGUGUUCCAGUUCUCCUCCAGUUGACAAAGUAGCAUGCGGACAGUCCUGACCUCCACAUUUCCUAAUCCAUUUAUGACUGUGUGUCGAUCUGAACCCUGAUUAACCCCCAAAAAAUGGCACAUCUAAAAACCGCGGGCCUCGUUGGCUCCAACUCUGCUCUUUAUAUGUGUGUGUUCAGGAUAUUUUUUUAAAAAAAGAAGGAUGACUGAGUAAGGGAUUAUUUGGAAGCUGGAAGCUGCACAUUGAAUUUCUGGCAACCCUCAUCCUUGUUCUCGCUGUAGUUCCUAAUUGACUGAAUGAAGCCUUUUCAACAAAGGUGUGAAUGUCAGUCCCUCAGUGGCUCGGCUGUGGCCUACAAACAGCCCAUUGCUAAGCAACACUUGGCAACAUCCGCACUGGGGGCUGAAUAGCUUCCCCCGCCGAUGCGGAGCAGAAGCCUUUGCCGAUCUCCCUCCCUGGCACUGGUGGGCUUGAAAACCAUCACAGGAACUGUGUUGAUUGAACUGUCAGGUGGUAAAUGAUUGACACAAAGCACAAGUGCUUCUUCUGUUAACGCUCUGGCAUGCUGUCGUUGGACUACUUCCUGGGAAAUGCCAUCCAAUUACGCCAGAUGUACCACCGAGAGAAAUGCCAACCUGUUUUGCGGGGUGCAGGGAAAGAACUAGCGUCGCUCUUUGGUGCCUAUUGAGAUAUGUAGCGGCUACGUCCAGCGUUCUGUGCAUCCAGAGAGAAUGGGUGGAGAGGGUUGUGUUGCUUACAUGCCAAUUGCUGUCAUCCGUCUGUCUCGAAGAACAAUGGAGUGUGCCUCUGGAGGUGAAGUCAAACAACUGCAUUAGCAGCACCGGAGUGAUCUCUCUGGGGUCCAAGCCUGGUGUUAGGUGUGUGUGCAGGAGCCAGGCCCUGUGACCAAUAGGAAGACUGGGGCCUUCCUACGUUUGUUCUGAAGAGGCACACAGGUGAGGCCGAUUGGUAACUCACAGCACCUGGUGGCAAGAGCCGGGAAGGGAUAUAAGGUCAGCAUUUCCCUUCCCUUCAGCUCUUUGCCACAGCAACAUGCUUCCUGCCCUGCUGUGUUUGGCUUCUUGCUUCCUGAUUCUUGAUUCUCGGACCCUUGACUCCUUGCUGCUUGAUCCUUGGACCCCUCACUUCGUGACUCCUUGCUUCCUGACCCUCGGACCCUUGGCUUCCUGACUCCUGGCUUCUGGACCCCCGUUCCUGCUCCCACCCCGCCAUCUUGCCCCCAGUCCUGACGUCCCCUGCCAGGACUUCGAUCGCCCGUGAACCGGACCGUGACACCUGGGCAGUGUGUGUGGAGGUCCUGGACUGCCCAGAUGACAAGACCCCCCUCUCAGCCUCUCUGAUGUGGUCCAAAAGAGAGCAGAACAAUUUGCUUGGCACCAUCUUGACUGCAGGAGAUGCCGGAAGGAGGCGUACAAGGCGCCACCCAACCAUCUUAGAGACUCCAUUCCAGAUGUGUGUAUAGUUUACUCCUUAGCCCUUUCUUCUCCUGAAUAUGUCCCACAAGGCAGUAGAGGUUCAGGAUCAGAGUUGUCCUUCUCCUAGAUAGGCCACCUUCCCCAGGUGGAUGAGCCUCACCUGCCCCUCAAUUCCCUCUAGAGCAGCCUUUCUCAACCUGUGGGUCCCCAGACGUUGAACUACAACUCCCAUCAUCCCUAGCUAGCAAGGUCAGAGCUCAGGGAUGAUGGGAGUUGUAGUCCAACAACAUCUGGGGACCCACAUGUUGAGAACCGCUGCUCUAGAGCAUGUGCAAAAGUUACCUUCUGGACCACUAGACCCACUAUUGCUCUUGUCCACUCAAGCCUGCCUUUGCAUGCAACUCAUCAAGCUUUUGAGACCUAUCAGCUCCCCUCACCUGGUUUAACCAACCAGUCAAAGCCAUUCCUGGGAUUGUGCCCACUGUUGCAUGCUGAUAGCUCCUAGGAGCCACAGGUGAGAUCUGUGUGCAUGGUGGGGACCAAAGGUGGACAAACCACCCCAGAGGUAGCAUAACAUGUCCCCCAUCAGAGGUACAUGACCCUCUCCUAGUUCUCCAUUCACCCCAUAUGCUAAUAGUUGAGUUGGUUAGUUCUCAGUAAUCUGGGUGUGCAAACAGCUUUUCAGAUUCAAUUGGUAUUUAUAGGCUAAGUACCAGCCCAGGGCUUCUCAGGGACUGCAGGCAACUGCCAGAUAAAGAGUCAGGUCCCAGGUCCAUCCAGCUCUGACUGGCAGCUGCUCUCCAGAAUUUCAGUAAGGCCCCUCUCCUAGCCCUACUAGGGAUUAAACCUGGGACCUCCUGUAAGCAUGUCUAUAUAAGAACAUAAGAACCCCACUGGAUCAGGCCCAAUACCUCCAUCCUGCUCUCACAGUGGCCUGGGUACGUGGGUGGCGCUGUGGUCUAAACCACUGAGCCUCUUGGGCUUGCCUAUCAGAAGGUUGGCAGUUCGAAUCCCCGUGAUGGAGUGAGCUCCCAUUGCCCUGUCCCAGCUUCUGCCAACUUAGCAGUUUGAAAGCACGCCAGUGCAAGUAGAUAAAUAGGUACCACUGCGGCGGGAAGGUAAACGGUGUUUUCUUGCACUCUGGUUUCCAUUGCACCAGAAGCGGUUUUGUCAUGCUGGCCGCAUGACCUGGAAAGCUGUCUGUGGACAAACGCUGGCUCCCUCGGCCUGAAAGUGAGAUGAGUGCCGCAACCCCAUAGUCAUCUUUGUGGCCAAGUAGACAGCCUUGGAAAGCCCAGGACCUGAGCGAGUGCAACAGAACUCUUCCUCAUGAGAUUCCCUAAAACUGGUACUCAGAGGUACGUUGCCUCUGACAGUGGAGGUAGAAGAUAACCACAAUGCAUAGUAACCCCAGAUAUUGUUGUCCUCCAUGAAUUUGUCAUUGACAUUCAUAGAUGCAACAGUCCAGGAAGUUGGCUUACACUGAGUCAGGCUCUUUGUCCAUCUAAUUUUUAUUUUAUUUUUUUACUUUUUGCAGCAGUUCUCUGGGAUUUCAGACCCAAAUCCCUUCCCAGCCCUCCCUGAAGAUGGCACCCUCCCCCUCCUCUUCUGCUGAGGAAAUCUCUGUUAUCACAAGUAGAGAGAGAUACAGGAAACUAGAGGUGCACCCAUGUUGGACGAAGCGUGAAUUCUGAGUCUAAGCCACCCACUCUGGGGAUAUUUGGGCAGCUUCCCAAACAAAGCAGGCUGGCUCUAAAAGCAUUGGAGCUGCCUCUCAGCUUCUGAGGGAGCAGUAGCAGACUUUGGGACCUCAAAUUUCAGCAGUGUCAUGCUAAAAUUCAGUGUCUCCUGCCUCUUGCACUCCGCUCUACAGCAUUUUGUGGUCACCCCCUGCAGUAUGGAGCCCAGUGCAUUCCCACUGGCCGCACUACCUUAAAGGCACCUACGGAGAGCAGCCUUUUUAAAACUGUUGUUACACCCAGUUUGAUACACUUUUGGACCUCCCAGAAGCUCCACAAGCUCUCCAGAAAUGGAGAAUAUCUGGGAGGGAAAUGUAGCUCUGUUGCUAACGAUUGCAGCAUCCAAUCAGGGAAUAACUUUCUCACAAACUCCCUAAGCGGCACCAAUAACCUUUCCUGCUCUCAGCCUCAGUCUUUCAUCUGUAUUAUGGGCAUAAUAAUGCUGACCAACCUUGCAAUAGCGUUUCAAGAAUCGCGACAGGAUUAUUUUGGCAUUCAUUUGAAAGAUUUAUUCAAAGCACUUAUUCAAAGAGCUCUUAGCAGUGCACAGAUAGAACUGCAGAUAAGGCACUGCUAAAAUCAAAAUUUGAAACCAUUCAGAAAACACGCAUAUAACACCGGUCCUGAGAGAUCUGCACUGGCUCCCAGUACGUUUCCAAGCACAAUUCAAAGUGUUGCUGCUGACCUUAAAAGCCCUAGACAGCCUCGGUCCUGUAUACCUGAAGGAGCAUCUCCACCCACAUCAUUCAACCCGGACACUGAGGUCCAGCGCCGAGGGCCUUCUGGCGGUUCCCUUGCUGCGAGAAGCCAAGUUACAGGGAACCAGGCAGAGGACCUUCUCGGUAGUGGCACCCACCCUGUGGAACGUCCUCCCAUCAGAUGUCAAGAAAAUAAGCAACUAUCCUAUUUUCAAAAGACAUCUGAAGGCCUGUUGUCUUUGUCCAUGGAGUUUUCUUGGCAGGGAUACUGGAGUGGCUUGCCGGUUCCUCCUCCAGGUGGAUCACGUUUGGUCAAAACUCUCCACUAUGACCUGUUCAUCUUGGGUGCCAGGCUCGGCAUAGUUCAUAGCUUCUCUGAGUUAUUCAAGCCCCUUCACCAUAGCAAGGCAGUGAUUCAUGAAGGGGUCCGUAUAGUAAAAGCUAUGGUUUUCCCAGUAGUGAAGUAUGGAAGUGAGAGCUGGACCAUAAAGAAGGCUGAUCGCCGAAGAAUUGAUGCUUUUGAAUUAUGGUGCUGGAGGAGACUCUGGAGAGUCCCAUGGACUGCAAGAAGAUCAAACCGAUCCAUUCUGAAGGAAAUCAGCCCUGAGUGCUCACUGGAAGAACAGAUCGUGAAGUUGAGGCUCCAAUACUUUGGUCACCUCAUGAGAAGAGAAAAGACCCUGAUGUUGGGAAAGAUGGAGGGCACAAGGAGAAGGGGACGACAGAGGAUGAGAUGGUUGGAUGGUAUUCUCGAAGCUACCAGCAUGAGUCUGUCCAAACUGCAGGAGGCAGUGGAGGACAGAAGUGCCUGGCGUGCUCUGGUCCAUGGGGUCACGAAGAGUCAGACACGACUAAACGACUAAACAACAACAACAACAAUCUGAAGGCAGCCCUGUUUAGGGAAGUUUUUAAUAUUUAAGGCUGUAUUGUUUUUAAUACUCGAUUGGGAGCCGCCCAGAGUGGCUGGGGAAACUCAGUCAGAUGGGCGGGGUAUAAAUAAUAAAUUAUUAUUAUUAUUAUUAUUAUUAUUAUUAUUCCAUCAUUAUUAAAAUACAGUUAAAACCAGUAUGUGAACAGUCUGUAGCUGUAUUACUGUACAUGUUACUGAACUGCUUUGUGGUUAUUGUUCACCAGCUGCCCUAAAUUAUUGUAAUUGUAAUUAUUUAUUGCAUUCAUCCGAGGAGCUGAAGGCGGUGUACACCAUUCUCGUCCUUCCCAUUUCAUCCCCACAACAACCCUGUGAGGUAGAUUAGGCUGAGAGUGAGUGAUUGGCCCAGAUCGCCCAGCUAGCUUCAUGACUGAGUGGGAUUCAAACCCUGGUCUCCCAAGUCCUAGUUCAACACUCUAACCACCACACCACACUGGAUCUCUUAAUGUGCAGUGACACAGACCACCACCCCUUCCAUCCUUGUGUGGGAUUCAGAUGCAGACAUGAUACAGAGGAACAGACUCGUAACUCCAGCGACAGCUUUCUUCUACAAAAUUCUGUUCUCUCUUCUCCUCCCCUGGUUUCAUCAGCGAGCAAGAGUCCAAUUUUAACUGACCUAGUAGUGAUAGAGAGAUCUGUUGCUUUAUCUCUUACAUGGCAUGCAAGGGGGGGGGGGAAAUUAAAACUCAUUCCACUCAAUCUAAUCAGCACGAAUGAAUAAAUGCUUUCUAAUCAGGCACCUUUAACCACUAUCUCUGACAUCUGGGUCCAGCAGCAAGCCAUAAGAACUGCCUGAAAUAGGAGAUUUAUUUCCAUAUCCUGUGCAGAACAAACUCGGUGCUUUUGUUCCUGUUGGCAGACAAAAGAACCAUCGUGACCACUCGGCUCGCCUUUUCUCCCCUUCAGCCCCCAACAGAGCCAAAAAGCAGCCUUUGGGGAUUCAGCUUUGCUACUGCUGGUGGAAUAAAGAUAAUUUCAGCAAGGAAGCAGCAGAUAGCUCAGCACUGUAACUCAGCGGUACAGCAUCUGCUUUGCAUGCAGACGGCCCUGGGUUCAAAUCCCGACGUCUCCAGGCAGAGCUGGGAGAAAGCAACCAAGGUUUCCCAAAGGCAUGUUUGCUGAUUGUUCAAACACUCCUAUCUUUCUCUCUUUGUGCUUCUGCUACCCACGGGGAAGGACAAAUGGUUUUGCAGAACCCCAAAGGCCAGUCUUCCUCCACUCUCUAAAAUUUCACUAGGCCUUGCCCAUUUGCCGCUAAUGCAAUUUAUCAAUGCAAUCAUAACGUCUAACUUUAAAAACAGCUGAGCUGGUUAGAGCUUGGUGUUGAUAACGUCAAGGUUGCAGGUUUGACAGCUGCAAAUUCCUCCAUUGCAGAGGGCCAGAUUAGAUGGUCCAUUCCAACUCUACGAUUCUAUGAUUCGAGGCUUUGAUCCUGAAAGUGCUGAAUUCUGCACCAGAGAACAAAGCAUACCUGAAGGAGCGUCUCCACCCCCAUCGUUCAGCCUGGACACUGAGGUCCAGCUCCAAGGGCCUUCUGGCAGUUCCCUCACUGCGAGAAGUGAAGUUACAGGGAAGCAGGCAGAGGGCCUUCUAGGUGAUAAUAAUAAUAAUAAUAAUAAUAAUAAUAAUAAUAAUAAUAAUAAUUUAUUAUUUAUACCCCACCCAUCUGGCUGGGCUUCCCCAGCCACUCUGGGCGGCUUCCAACCAAAUAUUAAAAUACAGUAAUACAUCAAACAUUAAAAGCUUCCCUAAACAGGGCUGCCUUCAGAUGUCUUCUAAAAGUUUGGUAGUUGUUCUCUUUGACAUCGGGUGGGAGGGCGUUCCACAGGGUGGAUGCCACUACCGAAAAGGCCCUCUGCCUGGUUCCCUGUAACCUUGCUUCUCGCAGUGAGGGAACUGCCAGAAGGCCCUCAGCUCUGGAUCUCAGCAUCUGGGCUGAACGAUGGGGGUGGAGAUGCUCCUUCAGAUAUACUGGGACGAGGCCAUUUAGGGCUUUAAAGGUCAGCACCAACAUUUUGAAUUGUGCUCGGAAACAUACUGGGAGCCAAUGUAGGUCUUUCAAGACCGGUGUUAUGUGGUCUUGGUGGCCGCUCCCAGUCACCAGUCUAGCUGCCACAUUCUGGAUUAAUUGUAGUUUCUGGGUCAUCUCCAAGGUAGCCCCACGCAGAGCGCACUGCAGUAGUCCAAGUGGGAGAUAACCAGAGCAUGCACUACUCUGGUGAGGCAGUCUGCAGGCAGGUAGGGUCUCAGCCUGCGUACCAGAUGGAGCUGGUAAACAGCUGCCCUGGACACAGAAUUGACCUGCGCCUCCAUGGACAGCUGUGAGUCCAAAAUGAUUCCCAGGCUGCGCACCUGGUCCUUCAGGGGCACAGUUACCCCAUUCAGGAUCAGGGAGUCCGCCACACCCACCCGCCUCCUGUCUCCCAAAAACAGUACUUCUGUCUUGUCAGGAUUCAACCUCAGUCUGUUAGCCACCAUCCAUCCAUCCAUCCAUCCUAGUGGUGCCCGCCCUGUGGAACGCCUUCCCAUCAGAUGUCAAGGAAAUAAGCAACUAUCUGACUUUUAGAAGACAUCUGAAGGCAGCCCUGUUUAGGGAAGUUUUUAAUGUUUGAUGUUUUGUUGUGCUUUUAAUUCUGUUGGGAGCUGCCCGGAGUGGCUGGGGAAACCCAGCCAGAUGGGCGUUGUAUAAAUAAUAAAUUAUUAUUAUUGUUGUUGUUGUCGUCAUCACCAUCAUCAUUGUAUUGGAGAGAUGGAAGUGACCACAAUGAGCCAUCUAGGAAUCUUUUGCCCAGUGUGGGGCUCGAAUUCACCACCCUGAGAUCAAGAGUCUCAUGCUCGAACCACUGAGCUAUCCAAGAUUAGAAGGAUGCCGGCACAAUAACACGAAGAGAACCCCUAUGUUAUUUUUUUUCUUCAUGUAGAUAACAAUGCACGUGAAUAAAAUUCCAGCAGUCCUGGAAACUUCAGGGUUUUAUUGAAGGCCCAACUUUAAUUCAGUCCUUUCUCCAGCACCAACUUUUUUUUUUCCAUCCCAUUAUGUCAAGAAAUGUAUUAUCCCUCCAUUUGUGUCUGUCAGAACUAUUCCCGCCGGGCCCAUAGACUACAGACUCCUGUACUUGAAAUUUCCCGAGUACAUCUCUCUAUCAAGAGUUGCAGUUUUCAGCGAGCGUCUCUGGUGACUUUUGACAAUGUUUUACAGAGAACCAGAGCAGGAAGCUGAGGAGUUGAAGGAAUUCUUCCGUCCCAUCGAUGAAUAUGUAAUAGGCCUUUUUUCCCCCCGCCGUUCAGCAUUCCAAAAAACCCGUAAGGUUCAUUAAGUCUCUCAAAGACAGGAGCUGGGAUGUCGCUUCUGAAUGAAGCCGUCUUUGGGACGGUGCUGGCAAAUGACACGUUGAGGUAGAAAAUAUUAAUAUCCCGCAUUAAGGAAUAAAUUUGUUUAAAUGCCCCUCGCGUGGGAGGGCGGGGAGACAACCGUGAAUCGUCUCCUAACUUUAUAUGUAAAUUGUCUUUUGCUUAUAUGCAUAAGAAUGCUCUUUUGCUAUUCAAUUCCUCCGUAUUAGCGAGCAGGAGUGUAACUAAUAUAUAAAAUAAAGUCAUUCUCUUUAAUGAGAAUGCUAAAUAUUUUAAGGAAAUACACGGCUGUGAAAUAUUGUCAAGGGCAUUUUUAUACUUAAGUUUAAGAACACUUAUGACUUAACCGCUGAAUUAUUUAGCACACUCAGCCUUGAAGUUCUAUUUAUGUACGGGGUUUAAUGUUCAUAUGCUUUUUGGUGGCUUUCCCCGUGCUAAGGAUUUAGGACCUUUGAUUUUCUGUUUAUAAAAUUUACAUUUUUAAUCUCUUAUUUCUGUGCAUUUGCCUCCGUUCGCUCCUACGGGGCAAAAUAUAGUGCAGGGAAGAAGACUGGGGAAGGAAGAUCUCUCUUUUUUUCUGAGAAGAGGAAAAGGAAAUAAAAAAGGCUGGCGUCUGAAACUGGAAAAAGAAAAGGGUUUUUAAAUAGGCCUUGGGACAGAUUUUAAGGAACGAACAGGGAGGAGGGAGAUGAAGCCCUGUAAACACAAACAACCUCUAUGGCUUGAAAUCAAGGCGAUUGCAUCAUAAGUUUAUGAGGAUGUUCUCAGGGAGAGCAGGUGUAAUAGGGUAAAUAAAUGUCUUUAAGAUACAUUGAUUCCGCCCCAAUACAACCACAUGGAGAUGUUGAAAUGCAAGUAAAGGGGUAAAGGGACCCCUGACCAUUAGGUCCAGUCGUGACCGACUCUGGGGUUGCGGCGCUCAUCUCGCUUUAUUGGCCCAGGGAGCCGGCGUACAGCUUCUGGGUCAUGUGGUCAGCAUAACUAAGCCGCUUCUGGCAAACCAGAGCAGCACACAGAAACGCUGUUUACCUUCCUGCCAGAACGGUACCUAUUUAUCUACUUGCACUUUGACGUGCUUUCGAACUGCUAGGUUGGCAGGAGUAGGGACUGAGCAACGGGAGCUCCCCCCGUUGCGGGGAUUUGAACCGCGGACCUUCUGAUCGGCAAGUCCUAGGCUCUGUGGUUUAACCCACAGCGCCACCCGCGUCCCCGGUUGAAAUGCAAAGGCCACCCCAAAUGGGAACAUCAUUCAUCAAUGGGUUGCACCCUGGCUCUUGCCUUUGAUUCCGAUUUAUUUAUUUAAUGAUUAAUAAUAAUAAUUUAUUUAUACCCCACCCAUCUGGCUGGGUUUCCCCAGCCACUCCUGGCAUCUUCCAACAGAACACUAAAAUACAAUAACCUAUUAAACAUUAAAAGCUUCCCUAAACAGAGCUGCCUUCAGAUGUCUUCUAAAAGCCUGGUAGUUGUUGUUCUCUUUGACAUCUGGUGGGAGGGUGUUCCACAGGGCAGGUGCCACUACCAAGAAGGCCCUCUGCCUGGUUCCCUGUAACUUGGCUUCUCGCAGCGAGGGAACUGCCAGAAGACCCUCGGCACUGGACCUCAGUGUCCAGGCAGAAUGAUGGAAGUGAAGACUAAAACAUUAUAUGCUCUAACAUCGUUUUAAUAACUGUCUGUGCAUUGUAUGAUCAUUUGAACCCAUUUUUUACACCUGCGGCCAGGUAGCUACCCGGGUAGGCACCUAUCUAGCCACAAGGUGCUUUCAGCUAGGGCCCUUUGGGGGUCUAUGCUAUAAGAACCCACAACCGUGUAGGAUCCUUGUGGCGUGUUUGGAUCGCCAUCUCUUUAACCCAACUGCUAUUGCACUUCCCGCCACCUCAAUCCACAAUCAUGAAUGCCAUUAUUUAUUACAUAUUCCCAGUAUAGGAGCUACUGUAAUCCCAAGCAAUAAACCCAAGCAUGUCUGAAUAUAUACAUUCAUAUCUGUUCAAAAUGCACUUGGGGUCAACAACCGAAAAGCGGGUAGGGGGAAGGGAUUAAACUGCUCAAAGCCAACCUUGCCCUCUUUGUUACUGUUGUUUUCUAUUGCAACAAUACUUCAUGACACAAGGCAGAGGUAACCUGACAUCCCUCAAAUGCUGAGCAGUGGUGGAGCUCUCAAAAACCCUCGCCGGUGUUUCCCGUCAGUGCAGCUUUACAUCCAUAAAAAGAAUAAUGAAAAAUAGAUGGCUUGGGCUCAAGAAAGUUGUCUGGAUCUGAUUGCUGGGGAAGUUAAUAUAGUAAAUCCAGACUGGAGCAAGACCAAAAAGACCCUCAAUCAAGGACCAAGAGGAGAGAAAGAAAUAUCCCUUUUCAAUGGAAGAGAUACAGCCCAAUCUUUAAAAAAAUGGUAAGUUCUGCUUCUCAGCCUAGAGCCCCAUGAAAGACACAAAUGCUAGGGCUGUUCUGAACUUCCAAUCCUGCUCAAUUUCUCCACAGUUUCAGGGGAUCUCUUGAGGGGAUCAAGCCCCCUCCAAAAAUUAGGAUGGGGACUGGGCAUUUGGGUGAAGGUGAUAAAUGCAUAUACAGUCAUACCUCAUGUUACGUUUGCUUCAGGUCAAGCGUUUUCAGGUUGCGUCCCGCAGCGACCCAGAAGUACCGGAAAGGGUUGCUUUCAGGUUUCGCCACUCGUGCAUGCACAGACGCGCAAAAUGAUGUCACGUGCAUGUGCAGAAGCAGCGAAUCGCGACCUGCGCACACGCAGACGCGGAUUGCGUUCCUUUCAGGAUGCGAACGGGCCUCCAAAAUGGAUCCCAUUCGCAACUAGAUGUACCACUGUACAGGUGGUGGAUAAUCCCAUGAUUUGUCCUCCUCCUCCCUCUUUUUCAAUUCUUCCUCCCAACUGAUACCUUUUUUUGUUAAAGGUUAAAAGUUAUUGCAAAUGCACCGAAAACUCAGCACUCACCCCAAACUUUCAAAAGGGACUGGUCUGUUCCUGGGGAGGGAACUGCAUGAUAGGCUAGUGUUGCAUGCAAAAAAACAAAAUGUCUGGAAUCCUUCUGAGGCUUAUUUCCAGUGGAGGUUGAGGACCUCUGGGCAGGUGUGGGGAAUGCAUGGCCCUUCGAACCAUGGCAGACCUACAUUUUUGGGUCCCUGAAGUUUGAACUGUCACGGGGGUCCCUUUCGAACCAGCAACAAGGGUAACCACUGUUACCUUUUUCAAUGGGGUUGUUUCAUGACAGGUCACCACGCCUUUACAAGAUCUGUGCUACUGACUCUCAAACUUUUGGAUUGUUGAAAUGCAUGCAACCAAAAAGUACUGUAUUUUUCGCCCUAUAGGACGCACUUUUUCCCCUCCAAAAAUGAAGGGGAAAUCUGUGUGUGUCCUAUGGGGUGAAUGCAGGCUUUCGCUGAAGCUUGGAGAGUGAGAGGGGUCGGUGAGCACCGACCCCUCUCGCUCUCCAGGCUUCAGGAAGCUAUCAGCAAGCCUGGGGAGCCCGCGGGAGUUCCCACAGGGCUCCCUAGGCUGCGGAUAGCAGCCUGCUGCCUGGAGCGUGGGGCGCGCUGAAGCCGCGGCGGGGGGGGGGGAUAAUUUUUUUUCUUUAUUCCCCCCCCCGCCAAAAAAAACCUGGGUGCGUCCUAUGGGCCGGUGCGUCCUAUAGGGCGAAAAAUACGGUAAUCAAUUUGAGUCAUGAGACUCAAACUGGGUCUUCUUGACCCAAACAUUUUAAGCAAUGUGGAAGAAGUUGCUUCUGGGGGCCCCUUGUGAAAUUAGGGACCCUGAAGAUUAAGCUUCAUUAGUUUUAUGGAAUAUCUGCCAUUGCCUCUAGAUGUUGAACUCCCAACUCCCAUCAGCCCCAGCUAACAUGGCCAUGGGGCAGGGAUGUUGCGAGUUGCAAUAUCUGGAAGGCCAAAGAGUAGCUGUUCCUAUACACUGAAACGUUUUGAGUUGAAAAUAUUGCAGUUUAGAACAAGCCAUCUGGAGAAGGGUCAGAGCUCAUUGGUAGGUCCUCUGCUUUGCAUCCAAAAGCUCUCUGGGUUCCAUCUUGGCAUUGUCAGAUAAGGCUACCUGAAAACCCAGAGAGCCACCACUUUCCAAUGUAGACAAGACUGAGCGAAAUGGACCAAUUGCCUGACUCAGUUUAAGGCAGCAUCUUAUGUUCCUAAUGCAUGGUGGUACUUGCUAAGCCAAGCUUCAACCAGUAUGUUGUGGAGGUUUUGAUUCUGUUGGUGUGCAAGAAAAGCAGAGCAUGUUGAAUCAGCCCCCUGAGAAUGUCAGAGAUAUAUAGAUAUAUAGAUAUAGAUAUAGAUGAUAUAGAUAUAGAUAUAGAUGAUAUAGAUAUAGAUAUAGAUGAUAGAUGAUAGAUGAGAUAGAUAGAUAGAUAGAUAGAUAGAUAGAUAGAUAGAUGAUAGAUAGAUAGAUAGAUAGAUAGAUAGAUAGAUAGAUAGAUAGAUGAUAGAUAGAUAGAUGAUAGAGAGAUAGAGAUAGAGAUAGAGAUAGAGAUAGAGAUAGAGAUAGAGAGAUAGAGAGAUGAUAGAUAGAUAGAUAGAUGAUAGAUAGAUGAUAGAUAGAUAGAUGAUAGAUAGAUAGAUAGAUAGAUAGAUAGAUAGAUAGAUAGAUGAUAGAUAGAUAGAUAGAUAGAUAGAUAGAUAGAUAGAUAGAUAGAUAGAUGAUAGGUAGGUAGGUAGGUAGAUAGAUAGAUGAUAGGUAGGUAGAUAUAUUGUUAAACAUUCUCGCUCUCAUGUCUGCUUGAAAGUGUUUCAAGGAUUUCCAGGGGUUGGGACAGGAUUCCAGAGUCCUAUAUAGCUUCAUGUCAUUCACUAUAAUUAGAAAAAAAGAGAGAAUUAUGCAAAACAGGAAAAAUACAUAGUUUCAUGCAAAACUGGGGAAAAACAUAGGAAAAAUACAAUUCUUUUCAUGCAAUUGAAAAAUAUGCAUAUUUUCUACAUUUGCCUCAUUUAUGCAAGUUGCAAAGAAUGCAGUUUUUUUUGUGCUGCAGAAUUUGCACUGUCCAGGUGCAGGAUAUUAUUAUUUUAGCAGGGUGUACACAAAGCCCAGGCUGCAGCCAACCUCAUUUCACCUAGGUGAUAUUAUUCAACCUAGUUAAGGGAAAGUAUUUAUGAUGAACGCUGGUGUUCAGUCAUUGACUUCAUCAGGGAGCCAACUUGCUUAAUUCCAAUUUCCUGCACUGGGUUAAGGAUGUUGGCCUGUUAGAUGAGAAAAGUUGGAUUAGAUGCUUCUUCCUCCAGAGAAUUAGGGUUAAGCGCAGAAACCACCAGUCUGCUUAGGGUUUCUUCCCAGUGUUUGCCAAGCUGAGGAUUCUGCAGUAGAGGUCACCGAAAGGUUAAGCAAAGGGGUAAUUCAGUGGAAUAGUUUUAUGCUCAGGAGAGAAAGGAUUCCCAAGAAGUAAUCUUGGGGGACCACUCCGGUAGAGUCUCUCGCCAGCGACCUUGACGGAAACAGAAGGUGUAGAAAAUCAACCAUGUCAAAUGAGAGCGAGAACUUUUCCCAGGGGACACGCCGAGCUCUAAUCUUGCAAAGCACAUCUCAGAGGAUCAAACCCUCGUUGACUACAUAUUGCUCAGCUGGGAUUAGCCCACAAUUACGUCCCAACGAAGGAUGUUUGUCUUCCUGUCCACAAGGGCAUUCCUGUGCGUUGCGGGAAGCCACAGAAUAAUACAAGACGCGGUGAACGGUGGAGAUGAUUGAGACAAGAUACACAGCCAUCAAAUGUUGUGUAAAAGAACAACUGCUGUUGCAAAAAGAGUGCAGCCUAGACAGACCAAUAGGCUGAAAGCUACUCCAAUGCUGAAGGUCUGGUGAGUUUCGCACUUGUGUGACCCAAGCACCCACUUCGACUCAUGCCCGACUACUGGAUAAAACAGACUAGACAAUAUUGUUUUGGGUCAAAUCAGGCCAAAAUAAAAUAAUAAUAAUAAUAAUAAUAAUAAUAAUAAUAAUAAUAAUUUAUUGAUACCCCGCCCAUCUGACUGGGCUUCCCCAGCCACUCUGGGCAGCUUCCAAAAAAAUAUUAAAAUACCGUAAUACAUCAAGCAUUAAAAGCUUUAAAACAUUAAAACAUACAUCAAACAUUAAAAGCAUUAAAAACAGAUUACAGGCGUAGAACAGUGUGAGCGGGUGGAAACUGGCCCAAUUUAAACAUCCAAGAGGUGGACCGGAGUGAAGACUCCAGGCUCAGUGCAGUCCACCCCAGGGGGUGGAGCCAGCCAAGCAGCCUGCCCACGAUUGGCCAAUUUGUGGGCAGGCUGCAACCUACUUCCCCAGACCAUUUUGGUCUCAUGCCGGCCAGGGAAGAAACCCAGAGACACAGCCCCUCUCCAGAUCAUGUCAGAAUAGGGGGCACCAUCCUACAAUGCUGCCUAACCAAUUAAGGUAAAAGGACUUUUCAAUGUGACCCAAGUCUUUAGAGUUGCAGCAGUGUUGUGGAACUGGGUGAGUGACCAAACACCAAGCACCUUGGCAAAUGUUGAAAACAGAGCAGGGAUAUAUGCCAGGAUGAGGUGAGGAUGUGUGUAUACAAAGUUAUGCAAGCUUUUGAAGGCCACUCUUGACCCUCCUAGGGACGCGGGUGGCGCUGUGGGUUAAACCACAGAGCCUAGGACUUGCCAAUCAGAAGGUCGGUGGUUCAAAUCCCCGCGACGGGGUGAGCUCCCGUUGCUCGGUCCCUGCUCCUGUCAACCUAGCAGUUCGAAAGCACGUCAAAGUGGAAGUAGAUAAAUACUUCCAGAGGGAAGAUAAAUGGCGUUUCUGUGCGCUGCUCUGAUUCGCCAGAAGCGGCUUAGUCAUGCUGGCCACAUGACCCGGAAGCUGUACGCCAGCUCCCUCGGCCAGUAAAGCGAGAUGAGCGCCACAACCCCAGAGUUGGCCAUGACUGGACCUAAUGGUCAGGGGUCCCUUUGCCUUUACCUUUACUUGACCCUCCUAGAGGACAGUAGGUAGCCACGUUGGUCUGACGCAGUCGAAAUAAAUUUAAAAAUUUAAAAAAAUUGUCCAGUAGCACCUUAGAGACCAGCUAAGUUUGUUCUGGGUAUAAGUUUUCGUGUGCAGGCACACUGAAGUAUCUGAAGAAGGUAUCUGAAGAAGUGUGCAUGCACACGAAAGCUUAUACCCAGAACAAACUUAGUUGGUCUCUAAGGUGCUACUGGACAAUUUUUAAUUUUUUUUUAUUUAUUCCUCCUAGAGGAGUUUUCUUUACAGGAAAACCAGAAGCGUAUGUUCCCUUCAGAUUGCUAACUGACCAAAAUAAAAUAGCAAGCAUAGAUUGGAGGCAAGGGGGCGAGAUUGAGGACCAAAAGAAUCAACCACAUCCUUGAAAACAGCCCUGGUGCACAUUUCAAAGCAUAGACGUACUUGCGUGUUAUUUCUUCAGUCUUCCUUUUCCUCAUACGUUUUUCCCCCUCUCCUUCAAGCAUGGUUCUCGCAAAGCAGCAUUUCCUGAUUUAUUUUAUUUUAUUUUCUCCCCCCAAAUAAUGUUUCCCGAUAGGAAGUGGCCUUUUUCACGUCCAGAAGCAGCCCAGGCAAUCUGUCAGUCUUCCCCUAAACCUCUCGCUAGACAAAGGCCGAGCGUAGCAAGCGCCACAAUAAUGUCGACACAGAAAUAUUACAAAGUAAAGGCUUAUAAAAUAAUAAAAAUUCUACUUAGUUCAGAUACCUCCCAGUGCCUUUGGCAAAACACCUUAAGCAUUCCACAUAAGGCGGGCAUUGUCUUCAUAAGAUGGCACCUCAUAAAAUGGUAUUAAAUAUCACCGACGGGGGCUUCAUAUUUCAUCCGGCAGGGUUUAGGCUAGACAUGUUCUAUAUCACACAUUAUUAGAAUGACAUCUGCUUUGCAAGUCCUGUGCCCAGGAGCAUACCUUGAUAACUCAUUUCAGCGCUCCUUCUCGGAGGGCUUCUGUGCCUUCAUAAUACCUAAUAUGUUUAACUCAUUUUGAACAGAAGUCUAAAGCCUGUCCUGGCCCUCUGGCCACAACUGUAGCUGUCAGGCAAAGGAGUCAGCUAUCAAACAUUACUCAUUUAUCAUUAGCAGGGAUGCAGCUGUACAAAGGAAUCCAGCCACCACUGUGAAGAGCUGUCAACUCGUCCCUGUACGAUACUCGCCUCUCUCAAUGGGGCGUUUUGCAGUGUGGAGGCAGGAACUGUUUCCCCACCACAGAGGUUUCUGCAGCGCUAAGGAUAUAUGGGCAGCGUGCCUUUAUUUCAGUGCUUUCGCAAUGGGGCGCAUCGCGUGGUGUCUUCAUUUUCAGACCACAUCUGCACUAUGCCUUUGAGUCAGUGUAUAUAAUAAUACAGUGGAUGCUAGGGUUGCGAAUGUGAUCCAUGCAGGAAGCACGUUCGCAACCUGCAGCGUUCACAACCCACGUCUGCGCGUCUGUGCACGUGCGGGUUGUGAUUUGGCACUUCUGCGCAUGCUCAAAGCAUGAUUUAGUGCUUCUGCGCAUACGUGACCGCCAAAACCCAGAAGUAACCCGUUCCGGUACUUCCGGGUUUCGGCGAUCCGCAACCCGAAAAAAUGCAACCUGAAGCUGUAACCCCAGCUAUGACUGUAAUAAUGAUGAUGAUGAUGAUGAUGAUGAUGAUGAUGAUUUAUUAUUUAUACUCCGCCCAUCUGGCUGGGUUUCCCCAGCCACUCUGGGCGGCUCCCAACAGAAUAUUAAAAACACAAUAAAAUAUCAAACAUUAAAAACUUCCCUAAACAGGGAAUGUCUUCUAAAAGUCAGAUAGUUGUUUAUUUCCUUGUCAUCUGAUGAGAGUGCAUUCCACAGGGCAGGCGCCACCACCGAGAAGGCCCUCUGCCUGGUUCCCUGUAACCUCGCAGUGAUGGACCCGCCAGAAGGCGCUUGGAGCUGGACCUCAGUGUCCGGGCAGAACGAUGGGGGUGGAGACGCUCCUUCAGGUAUACGAUAUCACAGAAUCGUAGAGUUGGAAGGGACCCUGAGGAUCAUCUAGUCCAACCCCCUGCAAUGCAGGAAUAUGCAGCUGUUCCAGAUGGCGAUUGAACCUGCAACUUUGGUGUUACUGCUUUAAACAGCCAUGGCCUCCUGCAAUGCAUCCUGGGAACUGUAGUUUGUUUGGGGUGCUGAGCAUUGUUAGAAAAAGAAAACCUAUUCCCCUCACAGAACUACAGUUCCCAGAAGAAGAAGAAGAAGAAGAAGAAGAAGAAGAAGAAGAAGAAGAAGAGUUUGGAUUUGAUAUCCCGCCUUUCACUCCCUUUAAGGAGUCUCAAAGCGGCUAACAUUCUCCUUUCCCUUCCUCCCCACAACAAACACUCUGUGAGGUGAGUGGGGCUGAGAGACUUCAAGGAAGUGUGACUGGCCCAAGGUCACCCAGCAGCUGCAUGUGGAGGAGCGGAGACGCGAACCCGGUUCCCCAGAUUAGGAGACUACCGCUCUUAACCACUACACCACACUGGUGUAGUUUAGCAAUCAAGAGUGGUUUAGCAAUCAAUACUCUGGGAACUGUAGCUCUGGGAGGGGAACAGGGUCAUCCUCAUGAUUAUCAGGACCCUUAACAAACUUCAGCUCCCAUAAUUAUUUGGGGGAAGCCAUGACCAUUGAAAGUGAUGCCAUCAUGCUUUCAAUGUAUGGUGUGUGUCUCCAGUUACUCUAUAGCUAUAUCUAUCAAUAAACUUAAACAAUAAUCCUUACCAAAGACAUCCAUAACAGGCAUCCAGUGAGAGUCAUACUCUUGAGUAGACCCAUUGAAAUUAAUGGGCAUGGGUGAACUCAGGUCCAUUAGCUUCAGUGGCUCUGCCCUGUGUGUUGGAAUAUAGAUAGCUUUUAAUUAAAUUGGACUCGUCAUCAAUUUGAUUUUAAAAGGGAAACUAUCUAUUGCCAGCUCUGCUGGACUCGGGUUGUAAACUGCAUUGGAGAAAAAACAUCUCAAAAUAAAUUAAGAAAGAAAAUACGUUUAAGGAGCAACAAUGACCUAACCAGGGUCUAGUUAAUGCAAAUGUCAGAUUAAGGAAGGUUUUUUGGGCUCGUCAACACUUCUGCUUCCCCUGGGAAACUCACUAUUUACCACUGUACAAACGGCACAUGGUUUUUCUAUGGAUUGACAACGUUUGCUCUGAGUCAGCAAUAAAUAUCAGGGUUCCUGGUGAAAGCAGUUGGACAAAUGAAAAGCCAUUGGCGCCCAGGCCUAGAAAGCACAGGCCGAGUUGAAGUGUGGCUGGACCCUUUGUUGUUAUUUAGUGUCUAACAGAAAACUUGUUGUUGUUUAGUCGUGUCCGACUCUUCGUGACCCCGUGGACCAGAGCACACCAGGCACUCCUGUCUUCCACUGCCUCCCGCAGUUUGGUCAAACCCAUGCUGGGAGCUUCAAGAACACUGUCCAACCAUCUCGUCCUCUGUCGUCUCCUUCUCCUUGUGCCCUCCAUCUUUCCCAACAUCAGGGUCUUUUCCAGGGAGUCUUCUCAUCUCAUGAGGUGGCCAAAGUAUUGGAGCCUCAGCUUCAGGAUCUGUCCUUCCAGUGAGCACUCAGGGCUGAUUUCCUUCAGAAUGGAUAGGUUUGAUCUUCUUGCAGUCCAUGGGACUCUCAAGAGUCUCCUCCAGCACCAGAAUUCAAAAGCAUCUAUUCUUUGGCGAUCAGCCUUCUUUAUGGUCCAGCUCUCACUUUCAUACAUUACUACUGGGAAAACCAUAGCUUUAACUAUACGGUCCUUUGUUGGCAAGAUGAUGUCUCUGCUUUUUAAGAUGCUGUCUAGGUUUGUCAUUGCUUUUCUCCCAAACAGAAAACUUAGGUGAGACCAAAUCAUUGGCCCGGGAUUUGGAUACAAGUUUCCCAAGCUCAAAACCCAAUGCUUUGUUCAUAUAUAUAGAUACAUAGAUAUAUAGAUAUAUAGAUGUAUGUCGCGGGUAACUCUGUGAUCUAAACCACUGAACCUCUUGGGCUUGCCGAUCAGAAGGUUGGCUGUUUGAAUCUCCGUCACGGGGUGAGCUCCCAUUGCUCGGUCCCAGCUCCUGCCAAACUAGCAGUUCGAAAGCACACCAGUGCAAGUAGAUAAAUAGGUACUGCUCCGGUGGGAAGGUAAAUGGCAUUUCCCUGUGCUCUGGUUUUGCCAGAAGCAGCUUAGUCAUGCUGGCCACAUGACCCAGAAAAUCUGUCUCUGGAUAAACGCCGGCAUAUUUUACUGAUUUUACAUAUAAUCACAUUACAUAACAUCGUACCCUCUUGUUUUAUCUCUUUGGCUCAACUGAGCCCAACGCCUUUCCUCCCUCCCAUCUGAUGGUUCACAAAAUCAAACUUUACAUCUUUACAUUUCGCUUCGUUUCCUAUCCUUGUUAUAUCACUACCUAAACUAUUAUAUUACUCAACCUGAAUAGGUAGCAAUUUCAUCUUAGAAAUCUUCAGAUAACCCUGCUAAUGAUGUUAAUUGCUUACAGUUGCCUUUCAAAUAUAAUAUAAAUUUGUUCCAGUCCUUUUGGAAUACUUGGUAUCGUUGGUUCCAAAUUCUUCCCAUCAGUUUGGCCAGUUCUGCAAAAUCCAUCAUUUCCACUCUUCUUUUGUUGGUAACUCCUGUUGUUUCCAUCUUUGGGCUAACAAAAUUCUUGCCGCAGUUGUUGCAUAUAGAAACAGUGUUUUUUAUCUCGUCUCGGUAUCUCUCUACCCACUAUACCUAAUAAAAAAGCUUCUGGUUUUUUUUAACAAAAGUGUUUUUUAAACUCAAUGCAUUGUUCUGCCAUAUAUGUGUAAAGUACAAACUUAAAAAAGGUGAUGCCCACGUACAUUUCAGGACAAAAAAAGAUGCUGCAAACUCUUCUGCUAAUCAAAGCAAAAUUUAAGAUUUCAUUGCUAAAGCCUGAGGUUUGUACUUGGCAAUCCCCCCCCCCCCCGCUUUUCUCAAUCUUUUCAAAGCCUGAUAUGAGCUUAUAUGUUCAGGGUAGCUCAAUUUUUGUUGAUGUGCUUUAAAGAUUUUUGGACGAUGUGAACUUUCUAUGGCAUAUAUGUCACUUAAGUGAAAAGGACAAAAUCAGUGAUAGGGAUUGAAAAUAAAACUGUUGGCAUCUUAACGUUGUCAUACACAGCUGCAGUGCAACUGCAUUUGGAAUAAUAAUAAUAAUAAUAAUAAUAAUAAUAAUAAUUAAUAAUACCCCGCCCAUCUGGCUGGGUUUUCCCAGCCACUCCCCAGCUUCCAGCGCAAAUAAAAACAUAAUAAAAUGUCAAACAUUAAAAACUUCCCAAUACAGGGAUGCCUUCAGAUGUCUUCUGAAAGUUGUGUAUAUAGGAUAUUGUAGAGCUGGAAAAGCUGAAAUGGUCGAAAGGAUGGAGAAACUCUUAUGAGAAGGAAGGUUGUGGUUCUUUAAUUUAGGGGGAAAGUGAAUAAGGGGUGACAUCUUGGAAAGUUUUUAAAUAAAUUUUAAAAACCAUGCAUUGUGUGAUGGCCUGGGACUCGGGCUCGGACUCGGACUCGGAGCCGGAGGAGUCUCAGUCUGCACCAGAUGUGGGGAUUACCUCGUUGCCUCCAGCUGGGCUAUCACUUACAGCUGCUCCACUACCGGUUGGGUCAGGGGAGGCUGAGGCAGCCCCUGGGUCUAGUAACCCAUCUACGUCUCCCGAGCUGCAGAGACCCAGGUAUGAGAGAAGGAGAGACCUGAGUACUCGCAGGAGGAGUGCUCGCCUUCGGGAGAAACAGUGAGGUGAGUCGCUGGGGGAUCAGGACCGGCCGUUACGCCGUCAGAGAUAAAAGGCUGCCAGACCCCACCCUAGGUUGUGGGAGCAACAUUGCUGCUUGCUGGAACCUGACUGUUACCCUGUGCCUGACCCAGCUGGUUUUCUGCCUUGGCCCUGUUGGACUGACUCCUCGUGGAAUCCUUGCAUCCAGGACUGGACCUGGACCGCGUGGCUCUGGUUAACCCCCGGGUCCAGCAUACAUUGGUUGGAGAAAAUGACAGAGGAAAGUUUUCAUCCCUCUCUGUAACACUGGACAUUCAGAGACCCUGAAUGUUGAAAGAUUUGGGACAGAUGAAAUAAUUUCAUCAUGCAGCACAUAGUUAAACUAUGGGGCUUGCUCCCCCAAGGGGCAGCAAUGGCCAUGAACUUGGAGGGCUUUAAAAGAGGAUUAGACAAAUUCCUGGAGGAGAAGGCUAAUGAUGUCUAUCAGCCAUGAUGGCUGUGCUCUACUUCCACAGAUCGAGGCAGCAAUGCUUAUAAAUACCUGCUGCUGAAAAGCAGAGGACGGGAGAAUGGUCUUGCGUUCAAAUCCUGAUUGCAGGUUUCCCACAGACAUCUGAUUGGCUGCUGUGAGAACAGGAUGCCGGACUAGAUGGGCCAUUGGCCUGAUCCAGCGCUCUUUUCUUAUGUUCUUAUGGUAUUACGUGAUCUAUUUUUAAGAAUCACACUAAUAAAGUUGUGCAUUGUUUCUGUCUGUAGUCUGAAGAAGUUCCCAAUUCUGAAAUGUAAAGAAUUUUGUGUCCUAGAGCCCCAGAGCUUGCUUCCUCUUUUUAUUUAUGGAACAAAAAUUAUAUACUUCUUAGGUGUAAAUACACGGGUUACAGAUGCUUCGGGUUGUGUGAUUUCUGGUUGCACACCACGCCGAACCUGGAAGUACUGGAAUGGGUUACUUUUGGGUUUUGGCGCUUGCGCAUGCACAGAAGCACUAAAUUGCACUUUGCACAUGCGCAGAAGUGCCAAAUCGCAACCCACACGUGCACAGAUGCGGCGCUGCGGGUUACGGACGCUGUGGGUUGCGAACGUGCUUCCCGCACGGAUCACGUUCCCAACCCGAGUGUCCACUGUAAUGCCUUUAAACCAGGCAUCCCCAACCUUCGGCCCUCCAGAUGAUUUGGACUACAAUUCCCAUCACCCCUGACCACUGGUCCUGUUAGCUAGGGAUCAUGGGAGUUGUAGGCCAAAACAUCUGGAGGGGAUGCCUGCUCUAAACAGUUGACAAGCUUUUUGCCCUGCUCUUUUAAGGGGCUGAUCUCCCUCACUUCCAAUUCUCCUGCGUAUAUUUCAAGCAAUUGCUAACAAAUGGUUUCUCCCAGGCAGCCAAAUUGGUGUCAGGGUGAUGGGGGGGUGGAGGGAGUGACCACCUGUACAAUGUUUGACACAUCUCAGAGGAAGGAUGGGGCACAAAUGUGAUAGAUAACCAACCAACAAAUAUAGCAUGGGAAAACCGGUAGUCCACUUAAGAGCUCUCAAGUAUGAAUCUAAGAUACUGUGCAGCCAAUUUCAAAACAAUGUAGUAACCACCUUUGAUGUCCCUAUUUGACCACUUUCUCUGUUCGUUCUGUUUCCUCUUAACCGCAGGGCCUUCCCUUUCUCGCUCUGCCCUGAAGUCUGCUCUUGGCCCAUCUGUUUCCUCAGCCAGAUGUUUCCCUCCAUCACCAAACCUUCCCCAGUAUCGUUGAGCCGCAUAACUUCCACUUUUUUCAGCAUGUCCCCUCAGGACCUCCUUACUAGACGGCUGGAGACCACUGUGAGAAAGUGGCGUCUCCUUGACAAAUGGCUAUUGCCUGUCACUGGUCAAAAUAUGUUCUGUCCCUAGCUGUUUCCUCCAUGCACACACAAACACAAAACCCCUUUUUGUUGUUGCUGUAUUUCCACCCCUUGGACAUAACGUUUGAAGAGAUCUGAGGAGGCCUGAUAAGGGUCAAACGUUAUAGUCCUUCUUCACAUUUAUUUAUAGGCAUAUAUACAGUCAACCACACCAUAAAGUAUCUCAACGGUGAACAGUCUUCUUUGGCGAUCACUCGUAACCAAGUAAGAUUGUCUUCCAUAAACACGAUUUUAACAGUGAGUCUGUAGGUGACUGUGGAGGCCAAUUCUGGAUCCACAUGUCCUUCCACAGUAGGGACAUAGGUUUCUGUGCAGGAAUUGAUCAUGGUAAGGGUUUGCCAAGCGUGCCUUCCUCUUAGCCAAUUUUUCCUUUCGUCCUGAGUUCGAGUGUCUUCAAAGUCCUUUGGUAAAGGCUGUUCUCCAACUAGAGCGCUCACAGGCCAGUGUUUCCCAGUUGUCAGUGUUUAUACUAAAAAAAAAUUUAGAUUUGCCUGGAGUGAGUCUUUAAAUCUCUUUUGUUGACCACCAGCAUUAUGUUUUCCAUUUUAAAGUUCGGAAUAGAGUAGUUCCUUUGGAAGACAAUAAUCAGGCAUCUGCACAACAUGACCAGUCCAACAAAGCUGAUGUUGAAAAACCAUUGCUUCGACACUGGUGAUCUUUGCUUCUUCCAGUACAUUGGCAUUAGUUUGCCUGUCUUCCCAAGUGAUGUGUAAAAAUUUUCGGAGACACCGUUCAUGGAAUCUUCUGAGCAGUUGGAGAUGGCGUUUAUAAGUGGUCCACAUUUCACAAGCAUACAGUAGGUUUGGUAGUACAAUGGCUUUGUAAACAGUAACACAUCUAUAAAACAGCAUUUAAAAAUAUGUAGUGGAUGUAUCACCCAGUUCUGCCUCCAGAAUUUGGUGGACUACGACAUUCCCUGCCAAUGGCUAAGGAUGAUGGGAGUUGUAGUUCAGCAGCAUCUGGAGAGUCUAAGGUUCACCCAAGCUAUGUCAAUGGCUUCAGCAGGGAUGCAUGAACAUCCCUCUGUUCACCGUCUCUGAAUUUUGCGAUGCAGUAUAUACAAAAAUGCAUUCAUCUGGGGAAAGCGUGCUGAACAUAUUUAUUAUAGCGGCACAGUGGCAUACAAAAUGCAUUGUUUAAGGGGAAAUCUGUGCAUUAGUCAAAACCGCAUAAGAGUCUUUAUUGGAAGAAAUUCACAUGAAAGUGUUGGUGAAUUUUCAUGAGGAUAUUUUAAAAUAAUAAUAAUAAUCGCAAAUUGCUGCAGAAAUGUGGAGAUUUGCAUUUGAGACUGGAAAAAUGAGAAACAUAGCAACUCAAAAUGGGAAGAUUUUACCAUCUGUACUUGAAAGUGAUGGUUUUGACCAUUAAAUCACUACAGGGUUGGGUCCCGUGUCAUUAGUUCAAGUUGAUUAUUCCCAAGAAACCUGGAACUUUUCUUUUAGGAAUUAUAGAUAAUGAUGUACCCAAAGAGUUGCUUAACUUAUUUAUCGUACUUUUCCGUGUAUAAGACAAGGGUUUUUCCCCUCAAAAAUAAUGUUAAAAAACGGGGGUCAUCUUAUACACGGGCAGUGCAUUGCGGGACAAGGUGACUGGUUGCAGCCACAAGCUGCAGUUUAUAAGCAGCAAUUUGGUAGCUAAUUUUGGCUGUGUCCAAGGCUGCUUUGGAUUGGGUGCUCCUGCGUUAAUUGAGCAGGUGAUUGGUUGCUGGUGAUUGGUUGCUGCUGUCUUAGAUUGGCUGCCACUGCGGCAAUUGGGUGUUCGGUUUCCGGCUUGUGUUUGUGAACGGGCAGACGCUUGUCAACUUCUGCGAUGCAAGCGACUCUGAGCUCUUGUCAUUUGGGUUAGUGAUUUUCUUCAUUUCCUCCCCCUGCCCCCCCCCCAGAAAGCCCAAGAACCUUUAGCAACCCCCCUCAAAAAAAGCCCAACAAAUUUGCACAAUCAUUCCCCUGAAAAGCUCUGGUAAUAUAGGCAUCUCCCCCCAUUUCCUAAAAUUUGAGUCCUCCAAAAUAGGGGGACAUCUUAUCCAUGGGGCGUCUUAUAGAUGGAGAAGUACGGUAUGUAUUUAACAACAGCAGCAAGAAUACUGCAUGCCCAAAGGUGGAAAGAAGGACAGGUCACAACAAGGGAAGAAUGGCUUUUAAAAAUAAUGGAGUGUGCCGAACUGGCAAGAUUAACAGCAAAUAUUCGAGAGCACCAGGAUGAAAGAUUCCUUGAGGAGACUUUUUAUUGAGAAAGAACUACAACAACGAGAUGAAAACGCGAGUAGGACUUGAAAUAUGAGCAACAGUGUUAAUUAUUAAGAUAAUAAUUAUCUUAAUUGAGGUAUUGAGAUAAAUAGGUUAAAAUGGAUUAUUGAAUAUUCUACGUGAAAUACGCAGCUUUUAAGGGUAAAUAUGGAAACCGUGGAAGUGGGGGAGAGAAGCCAAUGGAAAAAAGUAAUUCAUGGUCUAUGUUAAAAUCUGUGAAGUUUUUGUUUGUGUGUGUGUGUGUGUGAAAAAUCAAUAAAUAAGAACUUUCCCGCCAUAAAUGCACGUUUGCCUACACCCGAACUGGAGGAACCUAUUGCGCUUCAGUUCUGGUUGGGCAACAACUCCCAUCAAAUUCCCAGAGAUGCCGUCAUUCCGGUGCAGAAAUCUCCAUUGUUUUGCAGCAAGAUAGCUUCAGGAAAACAAUGUGAACACACCUGCCCUGCUCUGCGGGUAAUGAUGCGUUUUAUUUUCUUUAAGUUUGAAAGUACGCUGGCACAAUUAAAUAUAGAUGAGCCGAGUCUCUUGAUUGACUUGGAGUCUGCAGGCUGGGCCUGGCAAUGAAACCCCCCGAGGGCCACACCCCCUGGUAGGCCCAGGGCUAUGCCUUUCAAGGCAGGACAAUUAUAAUUAAUUGAGCGAUCUGACAGAACGAGCACCCCCAGACAUAGCGCCUGCCAGUGACACGGGGGCCUGUAUCAAGAGCAAGGCAGGCCACGCGAAGGGUUAAUCCGGGUUGGCUGGAACAAGGACAGAAAAUCAGGCCUGUGGCUAUUACAGCUUAUUAUGCUGGAGUGCUCAAGAAACAACCUUGCAAUCUUUUCCUCCACACACACAGACACACUUUAUCCUCACCCCCUUUUCCUGCCUUCCUCCAUUUUAAUUAGUGACAUAUUUUCUGCGGGGAUACAGUAAACCGUACAGGAAUGCAUCACUCUUGGCUGUGGGAGUAUCAGCGCCAUUCACGAGGGUGGAGCGCAGCAAGCUCAGUUAGGAUUUGGGGGGCAACCCCACUGUGGAACUGAGCCGUUUUGCUUGGGAUCAAGAAAAAACUUUGGAAGGAAAUGAGGAUACGCCUGCCAGGGGAGUAAUCCCAUGGAUGAAUGAGAGCACCAAUCAAAAUAACAAAAGUUCCCAGGAAAUUAAUAAUAAUAAUAAUAAUAAUUUAUUUGUACCCCGUCGAUCAGGACACAGGUGGCGCUGUGGGUUAAAUCACAGAGCCUAGGACUUGCCGAUCAGAAGGUCAGUGGUUCAAAUCCCUACGACAGGGUGAGCUCCCAUUGCUCGGUCCCUGCUCCUGCCAACCUAGCAGUUUGAAAGCAUGUCAAAGUACAAGUAGAUAAAUAGGUAUGGCUCCAGUGGGAAGGUAAAUGUUGUAUCUGUGCGCUGCUCUGGUUUGCCGGAAGCGGCUUAUUCAUGCUGGCCACAUGACCCGGCUCCCUCAGCCAAUAAAGCAAGAUGAGCGCCGCAACCCCAGAGUCGGCCACGACUGGACCUAAUGGUCAGGAGUCCCUUUACCUUUACCCUUACCCCACCCAUCUGGCUGGGUUUCCCCAGCCACUCUGGGCAGCUUCCAACAAAGAUUAAAAAUACAUUAAAAUAUCACACAUUAAAAACUUCCUGGAGCCCAUUUGUCCAGUGUCGUGAUAAACUUUAGGCACCAUGUGAAAGUGUAAUUUUAUCAUCAGGUGGUAUAAAAAAGAUUUGCAGCUGGUUUUUUAAAAAAAUCUGUUGAUACUUGGCUAGCUCCCCCCACACACACACACACAUUAUGUAAAUAUAUAUAUAUUGGUUGGCAGCCAUCUGUCUCUCACGCCAUCCAAACAUCUUAGGGACUCCAUUCCAGAUUUGUGUAGAGUUUACUCCUUAGUCCUUUCUUCUCCUGAAGAUGUCCCACAAGGCAGCAGAGGUUAAGGAUCAGAGUUGUCCUUCUCCUAGAUAGGCCACCUUCCCAGGUGGAUGAGCCCCACCUGCCCCUCAAUUCCCUCUAGCAAGACCCCCCCUCCCGGCCUCAAUGAUGCGGUCCAAAGGAAAGCAGAGCAAGACAUUUGACACCAGCUUGGCUGCAGGAGUUGCCGCAAGGAGGUGUACCAAGUGCUUCCCAGCUGUCUCCACCCCCAUCGUUCUGCCCCAGACACUGAGGUCCAGUGCCGAGGGCCUUCUGGCGGUUCCCCCGCUGCAAGAAGCCAUGUUACAGGGAACCAGGCAGAAGGCCUUCUCAGUAGUGGCACCCGCCCAGUGGAACAUCCUCCCACCAGAUAUCAAAGAGAAAAACAACUACAAGACUUUUAGAAGACAACUGAAAGCAGCCCUGUUUAGGGAAGCUUUUAAUGUUUAAUAGGUUAUUGUAUUUUAAUAUUCUGUUGGAAACCACCCAGAGUGGCUGGGGAAGCCCAGCCAGAUGGGUGGGGUAUAAAUAAUAAAUUAUUAUUAUUAUUAUUAUUAUUAUUAUUAUUAUCAUCAUCAUCAUCUUAGGGACUCCAUUCUGCAUUUGUGUAGGGUUUUUCUUCUCCCAAAGAUAUCCCGCAAGGCCGCAGCAGAAAUAUAUAUGGGGGGGGGGGAGGGAAAAAGAAUAGAAAUGAGAUGCCUUGCCCAUUCUGGUCUACUCCUCAGAUCAAAAUGCUUCAAUUGCUCUGCCUGCAGUACCAUGCCUACCUAGGGGCACUGCUAUUGAAUGGCUGCUAGAGAAAAAUAAGGGAGGAAAGGGAACCCCUUUUUAAGAACAUAAGAAUAUUUCGUUGAGUAAGGCCAAUUGCCCAUCUAGUCCAGCAUCCUUUACCCACAGUGUACAGGGUAUGCCUGUGGGAUUCCUUUAAGGAGGACCUGAGUGUAACAGCGUUUUUCCCUCUUGUGUUUUUCCAGUAACAGAAGCAUUAGUGCCUCAAACUAUGGAUGCAGAGCACAGCCAUCAUAACUGGUCCCUGUCGAUAGCCUUGGCCUCCAUGAAUUGGUCUAAUCCUCUUCUGAAGACAGCCAUGUCGGUGCCCAUCGCUGUCUCCUAUUGGCAAUGAUUUCCAUAGUUUAUCUAUGUGCUGCCUGAAUAAGUGCUUUUGUUUUGUUUAUCCCGAAUCAUCCAAUGUUCAGCAUUAUUGGAUGUCUCUGAGUCCAGGUGGUAUGAGAGGGGGAGGAAAACUUUUUCACGGUGUACUUUCCUCAUGUCUUGCAGAAUUUUAUACACUUUAAUAAUACAUUUUAUACACUUCUUCUUUAAUUCUCUCCACCCUUCAAAUCAACACUGAAGGGCAAAGCAGGCAUGCGCACACCAAAGAAAAAAGAAAAAACACCCGUAUUUUUCUGCAGUUUGAUAGUCUUCUUUCUCAGGAGCCUCUCUCCCAUGUCUGCAGUUUUAAGACCAGUUUCCCACAAAACACAGGAGGAGGUUAAGGGAAUCCUUUUUUUAACCACUCUAAACCUCCAAAAGCUGCCCUUCCAGGAAAACCCCUGCAGCUUCUGAAAUUUGGCAGGAUUCACUACUUCAUCAAGGGGCUACAACUGAUGUAAUUUUAAUUAAGUUCUUCCUAUUCAAAACCAAAAACUUAUACAAGGUUAUUUAAAAUAAUAAGAAUAAUGGUGCCCAACAGAAAAAUGAAAAAUCCUGGACCAACUGAUAUGUAACUUGGCAGGCUUAGUCCUCUAUGCAGUGAAACCUCAAUUUUCGAACGUCGCUGUUGAUGAACAUUUCAGUUUUCGAACGCCGUAAACCCAGAAGUAAAUGUUUUGGUUUUCAAACACACCUCAGAAGUCGAACAUGCCACGCAGGUUCUGCUGAGUGCAAGAUCCUGAGGCCUAGCUGUAGGCUAUUGGGUUUUUGGUUUUCAAAUGUUUUCAAAUGUUUCAGAUCUCAAACCGUCUUCCGGAACGGAUUAUGUUCAAAAACCCAGGUAACAUUGUACCUGCAAAUUCCACCCACUUUGGACAAAAUGGAGAGAGAGAGAGAGAGAGAGCCAUGUUAUGAUUUCCCUGUAUUAGGGAAGGAAUGAAGCUUUGUUUUUCUGAAGCAGAUUGGGGCUUUGAACUCUAUGCUAACUUGGAUACCCCCAAAGCACUUUGGACUAAAGUAGGAUAUUUUCCAAAGUGCCGAAUUUGGGUCUAAGCCAGAUCUUAUGGUUGGUGCACAUCCAAUAUAAGCAGCAUAAACAAGCAAAUAAAUUCCCAGGUUGCCCUAAAGUUUUGACAAACACAAGAUUCAAAGGCAAAUUUUGAGUUCCUGCUAGAAUGAAAUAUCUAAGGACUAAAAACGGAAUUGUAGAGUGGCAAUAACUGUAGCUGAUUUCCCCCCCCCCCCUUAUCUGGAGUGGUCCACCACAGCUCUAUAUGGGUAUUUUAUUUUAUUUCCCCUUAUUCAAAGAACAACAAGAAAUACUAGGAUAUUUCCUGACAUUUCCUGUCCUUUCAACUGACAAACUGUGCGCUGCACACCUUGGCUCUAUACACACCAUAUAUUUAAAGCAUCCUUGAAAGAAUCCUGGGAACUUUUCUUUUUUAAGGAAGCUGGGAAUUGUAGCUCUGUGAGAGGUAUUUUUUUUUCUUUGGAGGGGUGCUUUAAAUGAAUGACAUGAAGCAGGGACAUAGCAAGGGUUGCUGGUAUCCAGGGCGGGGCGGAUGCUGUGCCCCCUGGUGGUCUGGGCAGCGGUCAGCCCAUUCGCCAGCCAGCAUUUAAUCAAGGGAGUCGCUCCUUGCUAACUAGCCCCAAGCUGGGAGCAGAGAUAAGGCAAAUAUAUGUGAAGCCAGGAGCAGCACUGUGUCUCGUUGCCUUCCUGUCCUUGCAGCACGGUGCUCUGGACAACGCAUUGCCAGGAUGCUGUCAGCAGCUCCCAGCUGGUUGCCCAGGAAAAGUAUAAAGACAAGGAAAAGUUUCUUACCGUCCUUUUUUAUUUCAAUCUUUACAGAGAGAGGCUAUAGAACCCAGCCUCUUGGAUAAUGGCGUUGUCCCGAGUGAAUCUCCAUACACCCCGUCUCUCCCACUUCCUCAUUCAUCUCUUCUGCGGGUGCCUGCUACAUGCCCUCUGUCUUUGAGCUCUUUGCUCUCCUACUUUUAAGGCUCGCCGGGUUCUGGGAGAUGGAGGGUCUAGGAUGCUUUCUAGCAACAACAUGUCAUCCAGGUGUUGCUCUGGCUCUCCCAUGAUUUCCCAGCUUUUCCUCUCAUCUGCCUCUGAGCUGUGACCUGCCUCAAACCCCUGUUGUAAAUCUAUACAGCGGUACCUCUGGUUGCGGACGGGAUCCAUUCCAGAGGUCCGGUCAGACUCCGAGGUUUCCACAACCUGAGGACCACUUCUGUGCAUGCGCAUAUGGCGAAACCCAGUAAAAUACUUCCGGGUUUGCCACACGCACAUCCCAAAGUUUACAUAAACAGAGGGUUGCGUAAACAGAGGUACGACUGUACAGUCAUAGCUCUUGUUAUGUUUGCUUCAGGUUAAAUCUUUUCAGGUUGCGUCCUGUGGUGACCCGGAAGUACCAGAAAGGGUUACUUCCGGGUUUCGCCACUCGCACAUGCGCAGACGCUCAAAAUGACAUCAUGCGCAGAAGCGGCGAAGCAGACAUGGGUUGUGUUCUGCUCAUGUUGCGAAUGGGGCUCCGGAACGGAUCCUGUUCACAACCAGAGGUACCACUGUACUGUCUUCCUCCUCCCUGGAAGGGUCAGGAUGGAGAGGCGGUCUCCACCAUUCCUCCUCUGCCCAGUCCCUGACAUGCGCACGUUCCCACCUUCCUCUUCCUCCCUCCCUCUUUGGUGGGCAGCAGCAGACCCUUCCCCCCUCCUCAGCUUGCCCAGGGGCAGGGCAUGUGUGGGCAUCCAUUCACUGGCUACGAAAAGAAGGAAGAGGCGGUGCCAUGCCAGCCUUGAAGGCUCAGCCUGGGCGUGGCUUGCCUCCCCUUGGCUCCGGCCUCGAUGAGGGAACCUGUCAUGAGGGUGCCAGUUUACGCCUCCUCAGAAAUUUGUGCCAGGGGCUCCCCACGCUACGCCGCUGGUUUGAACGCUGCCUUAGAGACCUUACAUGAAACCGCUUAAAUCCAGAUAUUUUUAAACAAUUGCAGAUAAAUUAGGAGUGGGGGAAGCCUGGAGCUUUAGAAUGGGUGGAGAUUACCUCCUCACUUUGCUUCAGAGUGCUAUAAAUUACACGUCCGAGGGAAGUUGUGCUAGAAAAGCCCCUCAAGAAAAAGAAGGAAGUGUCAUUUUUGUGGUAAAUAGCACUGAAGCCAAAUGUGUUAUCACAGUGAAAACUCGCAAGAAAGGAAGCAUACGGAACGAUAGGACGUUCCGUUUUGCAGUGAACACUGAGGGAAACAAGUCUUGUAACAUUAAAGGUUUCGAUUCUAUGCAUACUUACUUGGGAACAAGACCCACUGGACUUAGUGGGACUGACUUCUGUGUAAACUUGCCUAGGACUGGGCUGCAGAUAUAGAAAGAGGUAUAGGCAGACCUUUGGAGAAAUAGGCAAACCUUUGAAUAACUUGAACCCAAAAAUGUUUAGCUUUGCCUCCAGACUGCCAUAUUUUGCGGGAGGAGGAAUUUGGUUGUCUACCGGAAAUUUAGGUUUGCACAUUUCAGGUGGUCUAAAGCACGCUCUGAUAUCAGUCAAGCUUGCAAAAAAUUGCCAUUUGCCCGACAAUAAAUGUUGGAAAUGUAAUGAGACUGAAGGUACAUUCUUUCACCUUUGGUGGACAUGCCCAAGGAUUAAGACAUUCUGGGAGAUGAUUUAUAAUGAAAUGAAAAAGGUAUUCAAAUAUACCUUCUUGAAGAAACCAGAGGCCUUUCUCCUGGGCAUGGUCGGCCAAUUGGUGCCAAAGAAGGAUAGAACUUUUUUUAUGUAUGCAACAACAGCAGCAAGAAUACUCAUCGCAAAGUAUUGGAAGACACAAGAUUUACCCACCCGGGAAGAAUGGCAGAUGAAGUUGAUGGACUAUAUGGAAUUGGCGGAAAUGACUGGCAGAAUCCGAGACCAGGGAGAAGAAUUGGUGGAAGAAGACUGGAAAAAAUUUAAAGACUAUUUACAGAAAUAUUGUAAAAUUAAUGAAUGUUAGAAAAAUGUUGGAAUGAAAUUAUAUGGCUUUAGUAGAAAUGUUAUAAGGAAAUAAGUAUAAAUAGAUAAAUAGAGUAUUAAAGGAAAAAUAAGGUUAGAAUGUGUUAAGAUAAUUAUAGGAUAGAAAACAGAGGAAGAUGGAAAGGAAUUGCUGAAACAAUUAACAGAAGUGGAAUACAAAAGGGAGGUGUGAGGAGGUCGUGGAAAUAAGUGAAUGAAAGAUAAGAUAUUGAAAUUGUUUGAUUUAUUUUAAACUGUUUUUGUUUUGUUUUGUUAGUUUAAUGUGUUUAAUGUGUUUAAUGUGUUAAUGUUAUGUAGUGUUUUUGUACUGUAUUGUAUUGUAUUGUAUUGUUUUUGUAGUGUUUAAAUUGUUGGAAAAGCAAUAAAUAUUAAUUUAAAAAUAAAAUAAAAUAAAGUACGCUCUGAUAGAAGAAAUUCCCAUUUGAAGAAGAAAGUGGCCGGAAGAUGCACGGAAAUGUGUGGGAUGAACACAGGAUUCACGGGGAGAUGUAUAACUUCUACAUAAGCAAAUCUAGGUGAAAUCAGGAUGAACAGUCAUUGUCGUCUAACUGCCCCACAUUCAAAUCAGAAUGAAUGCUCAAUAAACAGGCCGUCUGGUGGAUUUCUAGGACUUUAAUAGUCAUAACUAGCUCUUUAAAUGUAGACCUAAACUGAAUUUUUCAGGCACCUACAAUUAAUUUGGUGUUAAGAAUUGCCUUAACUAGCUCUCUGUCCUUCCAGCUGAGAAAUGUAUCCACGUCUCUUAUGUGAAUUGUUUGCCUGCAGAAUUAGUUUAUUUUAUUGGCAGGAAAGAAAUGAGAAACCCUGGCAAUAAAUAUGGGAGUCAAAUGUUCAAUAACCAAAGAGACCAAGGACUUAGCAUUUCCAGUUUGUCUUAGUGACAGGUAAGAUUUUAUUUCUGGCUUGCAAGUUCAGUGAGUGUCAAAAUGUUCAGCGUGGGGCCUUGUCCACUUUCUUGUUGAUGUUUCCAUUUUGCAGGACACCUCAUUCCAGGCUUGACAUUCCCUGUUCUUCAACUGGUACCUGCAUCAAUUUUAUCUUUCUUUCGCUUUUGAGGAGAAAAUGCCACUCUGUCCCAUCCCAUUCUGUUCGCAGAGGUAUUACUUAUUCUCCAUUCCGCAGAGAUUUGAGAGUCAUUGCUGAGAUUGCACUGAAAUGAGGGAUGGAAAAUCAUUUUCAGACUGAGGCUCACAUACCCUUCUGCACACCUGUCCGGGACCACAUGACGGUGGUGGGUGGAGUUAGGCAACAACGCGGAAACUUACCAAUGCUCUUUUUAUAAAAGGUUGCUCUCACUCACUCACCUGUCUGUCAUAUUCUUGCACUCCAGCAUCACAAUGCAGCACAGCUCAAGGACUGUCUACAUGAAUGUCCUAACACAGGAGUGGGGAACCGGUUUCAGCCAAGACAUUCCAUCCCUGAAAAGUACACAGAGGAAAAGUUAAAAGAAUGGAGCUGUUUGCCACAUCCUCUUUAAGCUCUAUGCUCUAUGUGAUUUCAAAGCUCAGAUAAGCACCUGAUCAGCUGUAGCAGAGUCAGGUAGCCGUGUUGGUCUGACACAGAUGAAAUAAUAAUAAUAAUAAUAAUAAUAAUAAUAAUAAUAAUAAUAAAUUAAAAAUUGUCCAGUAGCACCUUAGAAACCAACUAAGUUAGUUCUGGAUACAGUGGUACCUCAGGUUACACACGCUUCAGGUUACAUACGCUUCAGGUUACAGACUCCGCUAACCCAGAAAUAAUGCUUCAGGUGAAGAACUUUGCUUCAGGAUGAGAACAGAAAUGGUGCUCCGGCAGCCAGGCGGCAGCAGGAGGCCCCAUUAGCUAAAGUGGUACCUCAGGUUAAGAACAGUUUCAGGUUAAGAACGGACCUCCAGAACAAAUUAAGUACUUAACCCAAAGUACCACUGUAUAAGCUUUCGUGAUGGAGAGAGAGAAUGGAUUUCUGUGGUGAGGAAGGGAAAGAGAGAGAGAAAAGAUAUUUGACACUCAUGCACAAACACAAAUGCCCUGGCUCUGGAAGAAGGAUUACAACGAAUGCUGGAUUCGGUGCUGAUUUAGGAACCUAUGGGCAUUGGUACCCAGAAAUGCAUUUUAUCAGUGUUGGCUCAUGUGCAAACAGCAUCUCUGGCCACAGCAGACCUGGUCACAGGGGUCCACACUCUGGCCACAUCUAGGCUAGGCUGCUGCAAUGCAUUCUAUGUGGUGCUGCCUUUAAGGACUGUCUGGAAACACCAGCCGAGUCCAAAACGAGAGUCCUCAUGGGUGUGCAGCAGUUAGCUUCAAUAGCGCCUGUAUUAUCCCAGCUGCGGAGCCUUCCAGCAUGUUGCCAGGCCCAAUUGAAAGUGAUGUCUUUAACCUUUAAAGCUUUAAAUGCUUUGGGCCUGUGCUAUCUGGAGGCACUCGUGCCUGCUUGUUGAGAUCUCUAUCAGAAGCCCUCUUGGGGUUGCAUUCAGCUGUGGGAAAUGUUGCGUUAGUUUUCCUGAUUAUAACGCUAAGGCUUCUGUCCUGUUUUCUAAUGUUCCUUUCACACUGCACGCAGCACCUCUCGUGUUGUGCAAGGGUAGCUUUUCAACCAAGAUUUCCAGCAAGUGGCGCUGAAUUUUGUUCACACCGGUGGGCAUGGUGUGACAAAACAAGGAGCGUCACUGGACAACAUUCUCCCACCCUCUCUGCACCUGUGUGGUUCUGUUCACCCAUGAAAACAGCAAGAGGAAACUGUACACUGAUAUACACCCCAUCCCCUGCCAUUUCAACACUUUGCUCCUGCAAUUUUCCAGAUUUGAAGGGGCUGAAAAUGAAUUCCCCCUCCCUCUGGAGACAAAUGCAGCAGAAUUAAGUGCCAAGCAUGUACAGUGGUACUUCAGGUUACAUAUGCUUCAGGUUACAGACUCCGCUAACCCAGAAAUAGUACCUCGGGUUAAGAACUUUGCUUCAGGAUGAGAACAGAAAUUGUGAGGCGGCGGCGCAGCAGCAGCGGGAGGAGGCCCCAUUAGCUAAAGUGGUGCUUCAGGUUAAGAACAGUUUCAGGUUAAUAAUGGACCUCCAGAACGAAUUAAGUUCUUAACCCGAGGUACCACUGUACUAUAUUCCAUUUGUUGUUGUUUAGUCGUUUAGUCGUGUCCGACUCUUCGUGACCCCCUGGACCAGAGCACGCCAGGCACUUCUGUCUUCCACUGCCUCCUGCAGUUUGGUCAAACUCAUGUUCGUAGCUUCGAGAACAGUGUCCCACCAUCUCGCCCUCUGUCGUCCCCUUCUCCUUGUGUCCUCAGUCCUUCCCAACAUCAGGGUCUUUUCCACGGAGUCUUCUCUUCUCAUGAGGUGGCCAAAGUAUUGGAGCCUCAGCUUCACGAUCUGUCCUUCCAGUGAGCACUCAGGGCUGAUUUCCUUCAGAAUGGAUGCGUUUGAUCUUCUUGCAGUCCAUGGGACUCUCAAGAGCUUCCUCCAGCACCAUAAUUCAAAAGCAUCAAUUCCAUUAGUUUUCUGGAAGUAGCUUUUACAUCGUGAGAAAGCUCAAAUAUAAUGAAGGUGGCGGGCUCUCCUUCAUUGGAGGUUUCUAAGCAAAGGUUGGAUGGCCAUCUGUCAUGGAUGCUUCAGUUAAGGUUCCUGCAUUGCAGGGGGAUGGACUAGAUGACCCCCUGGUUCCCUUUCUUUCCCUCUACAAUUCUAUGAGUCUAUGGUUCUCAUGUGGAAAUUAACAGGUCAUUGUCAUGAAAAUGGCAUAAACCAGGGGUAGGCAAACUAAGGCCCGGGGGCCGGAUCCGGCCCAAUCGCCUUCUCAAUCCAGCCCGCGGAUGGUCCGGGAAUCAUGUUUUUACAUGAAUAGAAUGUGUCCUUUUAUUUAAAAUGCAUCUCUGGGUUAUUUGUGGGGCCUGCCUGGUGUUUUUGGAUGAGUAGAAUGUGUCCUUUUAUUUAAAAUGCAUCUCUGGGUUAUUUGUGGGGCAUAGGAAUUCAUCCAUAUAUUUUUUUUCAAAAUAUAGUCUGGCCCACCACGUGGUCUGAGGGAUGGUGGACCGGCCCACGGCUGAAAAAGGUUGCUGACCCCUGGCAUAAACUGUUGUGUGAAUGCUUCUUAAAAUAUUGCACCCAGAACUAGUUGCCACCUGAACCACUACAGAAGAGUGUGAAACUCCUCCUCAUCCCUGAGACUUUGUUUCUGUGCUUAAGGUUUUUUUUUUUUUAGCAGCUGCAUUUCUCUACUGGCACAAGUACAGUUUACGUUCCGUGGGACACCUACAUCCUUUUCACAUGUACAGGUAUGAAGGCACCCAGCUGCAGAAUCCAGGUGGAUUAAAAGGAUAA